AGUUCAGCUGCUAUUAAAUAACGUGCAAACAGUAGUUUGUGCGAUGUUUCUGUUUUAUUGGUAGUUCAAUACUUUGUGUCUCUCCCAUAUCCAGAGUGGACGUGAACGCAGCAGCAGCAGCUCAUCUGUUGGACAGGGAAACUAAUCAGGAGCAAAGUAAAGACUUUUCAACACUGCGAGCUAAUAGGCUAGCGCGGCUCCUGAGUCAGCCGUCACUACGAAAACAUAGCAGAGACUUUGUUUCUGACAGACAACCUCUCCUACAGACUGGAAACAACUUUCGAGCCAUGUUAUAGAGGGAAACAACAGUCGCUUCGUUGCGCGUAAAGUAUAAAAGCGACCUGCCUCCGGACAGUCGCGAGCGGCGGGUGGCUAGCUCCAUAACGUUAGCCGGAGAAGAAGUAACGGCUUAAAAAAACAUGGAGCUGGACGACGUAGUCCUCUACCAGGACGACACCGGGGACUCGGACGUCAUGUCCGAACGGGUCGCCGGUUUGGCCAGCUCCAUUUACCGAGAGUUUGAGCGGCUCAUCGAGAGGUACGACGAGGAUGUGGUGAAGGAUAUGAUGCCGCUGGUGGUCGGGCUGCUGGAGAACCUGGACUCGGUGUUCGCCGCCAACAAGGAGCACGUCGUGGAGCUGGAGCUGCUGAAGGAGGACAACGAGCAACUGGUCACUCAGUAUGAACGAGAGAAAGCGCUGAGAAAACAUUCUGAGGAGAAAUACAUUGCCUUAGAGGACUCUCAAGAUGGGGAGAAAAAAGAUCUCCAGUGUCGACUGAUCACUUCUGAGUCCCACGCACGACAACUAGAGCUAAAAGCAAAGAACUAUGCAGAUCAGAUAAGCAGAUUUGAGGAGAGAGAAGCAGAGCUCAAGAGGGAAUACAAUUCUCUUCAUCAAAGACACACGGAGAUGAUCCACAGCUACAUGGAGCACCUGGAGCGAGCUAAACACCAGCAUGCAACAACACCAUCAGAGCCGUCAGAUUCAGGAACAUCAACUAAACGACGGAAAGAGCGCCCCAUCUCCAUGGUGUUCCAACUUCCUGGGAGCGAUGGCCUGUCCUCUGAAUACCAGAGAGACGCUGCUGAUACCCCGUCUGAACCAUGGAGAUUCAACAACCUCAGCCAUCCACAGUCCAACACCAGCCUUAAGCUUGAAGAUUAUUUUUCCCAAAUCAGAGCUGAUGAUGGAAGAAUAACACAAGGACAUUUUCUCUGCCAGGAUGAACUGGCCCACGCUAACCAUGGAAACUCCAAGCCCAGCACACCAGCCAACCAGGGAAAGAUCUCCAAAACUGGUUCACCUGUGUUCACCUUAAACGACGGAUCCUCCAAAGCCAAUAACCCACCUUCCACUCAUGGUGGCUCCGUCCCAUCCCCCCAUGAAGAAGCCAAUGGUGAACAUGCACUGUCCUCCUCUACGCCGCCGUCUACAGCUGCUUCUGUUGCUAAAACUGAUCCUGAAAAGAAGCAGGAUGGUUCUGAAGAAUUCAACAAGAACCUGGACCGAAAAAGUGAGAAGUCUGAAAAUGGAGAGAACGCAGAAAGACGACGGGGGGAACAGACGAGUCAGCUUGGAGAGGACAACCAGGAGUCUGCACCAGUGAAAAGUGAAGAUGGAGAGGAGAAUUUGGAGAAGUCUGAGCUUCAGGCCAUCAUAGAUUCGACUCCUGAGCUGGAUAUGGACUUUGAUGGCGGCAGAGGAACAAGCACACCAACUAUAGGCGGCAUAGAGAAUCCAGCCUUCGGCCGAAACAACGACUCUUUGUUUGACGAGCUGGCCUCUGCAGGGAACGACACGAUAGGCGACGUGGACGAAGGAGCCGACCUACUUGGUAUGGGUCGGGAGGUUGAACAUCUCAUCCAUGAGAACACCCAGCUGCUGGAGACCAAAAACGCUCUGAAUGUAGUGAAGAACGAUCUGAUUGCUCAGCUGGAUGAAGUGACCUGUGAGAAGGAGGUUCUGCGAGGAGAGCUGGAGGCUGUAACCCAGGCCAAGACCAAACUGGAGGAGAAGAACAAAGACUUAGAAGAGGAGCUGAAGAAAGUUAAAGCCCAGCUAGAGGAGGCCAAACAGAAGAUUAAGCCCGAAAACGAGGACGAUAGCGAUGUGCCCACAGCCCAGAGGAAACGCUUCACCAGAGUGGAGAUGGCGAGAGUCCUGAUGGAGAGGAACCAGUACAAGGAGAGGCUGAUGGAGCUGCAGGAAGCUGUGAGAUGGACCGAGAUGAUCCGUGCUUCUAAGGAGAAUCCUGCUCUUCCAGAGAAGAAGAAAUCCAGCCUCUGGCAGUUGAUGAGUUUCAGCCGUUUGUUUAGCUCGUCGGGCGGAGCGGGAAAGAAGCCGGCGGGGGACGCCCCGGUGAACGUCAAGUACAACGCACCCACCUCGCAGAUUCAGCCAUCCGUCAAGAAGAAGAGCAGCGCCUUGCAGCAGCUGCCGGGUGACAAGAGCAAAGCCUUUGAUUUCCUCAAUGAGGAACCGCCGCCUGAGAGUUCAGUGUCAAGGCGAGAACAGAAGAGGGCUCAGUACAAACAGGUCAAGGCUCACGUCCAGAAGGAGGACGGCAGAGUGCAGGCGUACGGCUGGAGCCUCCCCAAGAAAUACAAAGCUAUUGGAGGUCAGGCAGAUGGCAAAAUGAAGAAUCUACCUGUUCCAGUCUUCCUCAGGCCGCUGGAUGAGAAAGAUCCGACUAUGAAGCUGUGGUGUGCUGCAGGUGUGAAUCUGUCUGGAGGAAAAACCAGGGAUGGAGGUUCCAUAGUGGGGGCCAGUGUGUUUUACAGCGACACAUCAGGUGCAGCGAGCCCCAAAAAAGAGAAGGGCUCUCAGAGUAGCCUGGAUCAGCUGGAUCGGGAGCUUAAGGAGCAGCAGAAAGAGUUGCGUCAUCAGGACGAGUUUUCCUCUCUGGUGUGGAUCUCCACCAGCACCCAGUCCAACUCCAACGUGGUCGUCAUCGAUGCCAACCAGCCCGGAAACAUCCUGGAGAGCUUCUUUGUUUGUAAUUCGCACGUUUUCUGCAUCGCCAGUGUACCCGGUGCGAGAGAAACAGACUAUCCUGCCGGAGAGGAAGUAUCCUCAAACACUGAGCCAGGACCAGUGGGAGAUAGUGGCCCAUCAGCAGCCAAUAGGAGCACAGAGGGCAGCGAUAGCAUUCUUGGAGGCAUCACGGUGGUGGGCUGUGAAGCUGACGGAGCAGUAGCUGUUCCUCAGACUGCUGAUGGUUCAGAUUCCAGACCAGCAGAAGAAGCCAUGGAGGCGAUGGAGACCAACGCAGGAGGCUUUGACCACAGCGAGAGCCUGAGAGGGAUCUACACAGAACACGUCUUCACAGAUCCGCUAGGAGCCCAGCAGACCAGAGAGACCCCAGCUAACUACUCCCAGAGAGAGAGCGAUCUGCUUAAAGAUGGAGUGAGUUCGAACCCCAGUGCAGAGGAGCAGGACCUGAUGAUCGAAGAGGCUCAGAAAAUGAGCAGCGUCCUGCCCACCAUGUGGCUGGGGGCCCAGAAUGGAUGUGUGUACGUCCACUCGUCUGUGGCUCACUGGAAGAAGUGUCUCCAUUCUGUAAAGCUGAAGAAGCCCGUGCUCGGCAUAGUACACGUGAAAGGUCGGGUUCUGGUCAGCCUGUCUGAUAGCACCGUGGCCAUUUUCCACAGAGGAACAGAUGGGCAGUGGGACCUGACCAACUACCAUCUGCUGGACCUGGGGAAGCAGCACCACUCCAUCCGCUGCAUGACUGUGGUGCAUGACAGGGUGUGGUGUGGUUACAGGAACAAGAUCCAUGUGGUGCAUCCCAGAGCCAUGAAGAUAGAGAAAUCCUUCGAUGCACACCCCCGUAAAGACAGCCAGGUCCGUCAGCUGGCCUGGCACGGCGACGGGAUCUGGGUCUCCAUCAAGCUGGACUCCACUCUCAGGCUGUUCCAUGCACACACACACCAGCACCUCCAGGACAUCGACAUCGAGCCCUACGUCAGCAAGAUGCUCGGUACGGGCAAGCUGGGCUUCUCGUUCGUAAGGAUCUCGGCUCUCAUGGUGUCAUGUAACCGUUUGUGGAUCGGGACCGGUAACGGAGUCAUCAUCUCUAUUCCUCUAACAGAAUCAGCCAACAAGGUAACCAAGGCAUCAGGAAACAAUCCGGGAGGUGUUGUCCGCGUCUAUGGAGACGACAGCGGCGACAAGGUGACGGCCGGGACAGUGGUUCCUUACUGCUCCAUGGCUCACGCUCAGCUCAGCUUCCACGGUCACAGGAAUGCGGUCCAGUUCUUCACGGCGGUUCCAGGUCAUGCAGAUCUGACAGCAUCCAGCGCAUCAGACACAUCAGGAGAUAAAUCCACUGAUGGUUCAGCUCAGGAAGGAAGCAGAUCCAUGUUGGUGAUGAGCGGAGGAGAGGGUUACAUUGACUUCAGAAUGGGGGACGAGGACGGGGAAGCGGACGAGGCAGAGGACCCCACCAUGAAGCUGCAGCCCUUUCUCACCAAAGGAGAGCGAAGCCACCUCAUCGUCUGGCAGGUCAUGGUUAGCGAGGACUGAAAACAAGCCGCCUGGCCUCUGCAGACAUGAUUUUCCUUUUUUUUCUAAACCACAGAAACCCAGGAGUCGUCGAAGGCACCAGAUUAAUCAGCACUUAUUUUUUGCUUCCUCAGUCUUUGGAACGAUGGAAGCAAAACUAGCAAAAACUGCUCUGCGAGCAUUUUUCUCUCUUAACCUUGAACGCAUGGAGUUUCUUUGUCCUUUUAUUUUUUAUGCUUCAGAUUCGAAACAUUUAUUGUUGCCUCAUGUGUUUCAAUUUUACUGGAGGUAAGGUUGAUGUUUCUGCUCAGAUUACAACCUGAGCUCACUCCAGACACGGCUAAAGCUACAUCUGCUGUUCAGGGGUAAGAAAACUGUCGCCUUCAUAAGCUUUCCUCUAAGAAUGUAAGACGGGGGGAGUUAAUCAUGUGGGAUUCUCUCUAUCAAAUGUUUUAAAAGAACAUCUUCUAUGUUUUAGAAGAACAUCUUUUAAAGCUCAACAGUGGAAUCAUCUUUCACUUGUGUGAAGCUGAUGCUAUAUUCAAUAUUUUCAUCAUUAUUUGCUAAAUAUUAAUAAGAAUUUAAUUAAUUCAAGUUUCAAACAGCCCAGUUUGUGCCUCAGAUAUCAGCACAGAUUCUUCUCCAUUUAGCCCUGGAAAAAAACAACAGCCAUCAGUGUUUCUAAAACUCAGUUAUAAUUUAAUAAAAUUCCAUGACUUUUUUGUCAUGUUUACAUUGUUAUAAUUAUGCAGCUUCUAAACGAAAGACUCUUUUGGAAGGUGUUCUUGAAAGGCAGCAAAAACUUUAUCCCAGGACCCUUAAUAAUCUGCUCUGAGACCCUUUAACUGGAUUAGAAAGUUCACCAUAGGGUUCUGGUCGUGUUUGAUGAAACACGGAUCGGUUUUUCAUUAUCAGACACAAACGACUACUGUCUUUAAUCACUUGGAACGCUCCUGAACGAGAAAUAUAAAAUGAUUUGGACUAGUGUUGUUAAGGAUGUGAGCUUUUAAUGUGUUUCCAAGCUGUGUUUUUGAACCAGGUGGAAAUAAAUUCUUAUGAAAAGAGUUUCGUCAUAAAAUUGAACGGUUAGUGUUUCACUGAGAAGUGCCGUAGCCAUUACAGUCUCCGUUCCCCUGUUAUCGUCGUGAAAAGAUGUUGGAUUUUUGAAACGAGAAAAUAACCUUUGUAGCCAAUAAUGUAGAUUUGGAUGCUGCAGACGCAAAGAUAAUGAAGCUCGAGGCAAACGGGGUUCUGUGAGCUGCUGGCCACUUAAAAAAAUGCUAAAGCUUGGAGCUAAAAUCUGGAUUAGAUAAAAAUAUUACAUGGGGUUGAUAAAACAACCUGAUGAAUUUGGCCGUUUAAUUGGGGAAAAAAAUGUGAUGCCUUCCUAAAAGUACCUCAGAAGGUCAGAGAUUUUUUUGGAGGACAUAAAAUAUAAAAGUCCUGAACAUAAUUUCAUGCUAAAGAAACGUUUAAAUCAAAUCUCAGUUCAGCUUUCCGUUCACUAAAGUAAAACUGGAGGUUUUUCACUGACUGGAGCAGAAUCUGUGCUGCUUGUCUUACAACUGGGGUGAGCAGAGAAACUGGUAUCUAUACGUAAAGAAGGUCUGGAUAAGAGCUGUGAAUCACUUCUAUUAAACAAUCCGAGCAGCUGUCCU